AGGAAGUGAUGAGUUGAACACAGAGCAUUGUUCAGUCAGUCAGUCAUUACGGGGACAGUAUGGAGUUCAGGUCACUCUCUGUAAUACUCUGGUUGAUUUCACUUGUUCAAACUCGGCAGGCUCAAGCGUGGUAUCAACCAAAUUUGUCUGUGCAGCCUAACUGGUCACAAAUAUUCAGUGGAGAGAUCGUCACACUCACAUGUUCCAUUCCAGAAGGGACAGUAACUGACUGGACGUACUACUGGUACAGAGAGAACACUCAACUUCACCACUCAGAUAAAAACCAUUACAUCAUAAGAGGCAUCAGAGUGGAUCAGAGUUCAAAAUAUUAUUGUUAUGGUUCUGAGAAGCAUAGACAAAGAGAGACUUCUUGGAGUAACGCAGUGACUCUCUCAGUAAAGGAGAGACCAAAAGCUUCACUGAUCCUGGUGCCUACUGGACAGAUGUUUACUGGAGAGAAAGUGACUCUCGGAUGUGACAUACAUGGACACACAGACACUGAGUGGAGCUACAGCUGGUAUAAAGAUGAAGGUGACAGUAACCGUCCAGUUCAUUCCUCUAAAGUGAGAAAAGAAUAUUCAUUCAGUGUUGUAGAGUCUGACAGUGGUAAAUACACCUGUAGAGGAGAAAGGAGGAGUGACUCUCAGAGAUCAGAGAUCAGUGAUGCGGUUACACUGACUGUAUCAGAAAAACCUAAACCUGAACUCACAUCAAGCCAUAAAGGAGCUGCACUGAUAGGAAAUCCAGUGGUUCUGUACUGUGAGCUGGAUCAGUCUGCUGGAUGGAGGUUUUACUGGUUCAAACACUAUGAGAUCAAGACUGAAACACACUCCUACACCAUCAGCUCAGUUAGUGUCUCUGAUGGAGGACAGUACUGGUGCAGAGCUGGGAGAGGAACCCCAGUCUACUACACUCACUACAGUGAUGCUCUCUGGAUAAGCGUUACUGGUGUUUCUCCUCCAGUCUCUCUGAUGUUCAGUCCUAGCAGAACUCAACACUUUAUUACUGACUCUCUCUCACUGAGCUGUGAGGGACAGAGUGACUCUACUGGAUGGAGAGUGAGACGAUACACACACAGUGAGAAGGUGUCAGAUUGUUCAUCAGGCUGGGGAUCAGUUACAGGAUCUACAUGCAGCAUCAGCUCCCUCAGCACAUCCCACACUGGAGUGUACUGGUGUGAGUCUGAAUCUGGAGAGAACAGUAAUGCUGUCAACAUCACAGUGCACAAUGGUGAUGUAAUUCUGGACAGUCCUGUUCAUCCUGUGACUGUGGGAGAUCCUCUGACUCUACACUGUUUAUAUCACCACACAAAGUCCUCAAACCUCACAGCUGAGUUCUAUAAAGAUGGAUCACUCAUCCAGACUCAGACUGCAGGAGAGAUGACCAUCCAUACUGUCUCAAAGUCAGAUGAAGGUCUCUAUCACUGUAAACACUCAGAGAGAGGAGACUCUCCACAGAGCUGGAUCUCAGUCAGUUUUUCAGAUUCAGCUGCUGAAUCUGCUGUUGGUCUGGUUGGAGUGGUUGUGGGAGAGAGUAUUGCUUCGUUGUUCAUCUCAGCAAUACUGCUGUGGCUCUACAAAACCAAGAAAGGAAACAAGCAGAACACAAACCAGACAUCAGAACAGACACAGAGAGAGUCAGGAGCUGAGGACUCUCAGUCUGGACAUGCACCAGUGCAGCCUGGUCAGACAAUGAAUGCUGAUGCUGGAUCUCUGGAUGUGAUUUAUGCUGAGAUUGAAGUGAAAAGAAAAGUGAGGAAGAAACCAAAGAAAAAACGUGCUUUACCCAAAGCUACACUGACUGUAGAACCAGAGAAUCCUGUGUUCACUGGAGAGUCAGUCACUCUGAAGUGUGAGAUAGAGUCUUACAGUAACUGGAGAUAUCAGUGGUAUAAUGGCAGCACUAGAACUGCAGUCUAUCAGUCUCAGACAAACACCUUCACCAUCAGAUCAGCAGCAGAUCAGGAUCAGGAUCAGUACUGGUGUAGAGGAGAGAGAGAUUACAGACCCACAUCAUCACAGUACACAGAAAAACCUAAACCUGAACUCACAUCAAGUCUUAAAGGAGCUGCACUGAUAGGAAAUCUAGUGGUUCUGUACUGUAAGCUGGAUCAGUCUGCUGGAUGGAAGUUUUACUGGUUCAAACACACACAGAACCCUGAGAAUGAGAUCAAGACUGAAACACACUCCUACAGCAUCAGCUCAGUUAGUGUCUCUGAUGGAGGACAGUACUGGUGCAGAGCUGGGAGAGGAAACCCAGUCUACUACACUCACUACAGUGAUGCUCUCUGGAUAAACACGACUGAGAGUCCCAAAUCUGUAGUGUCCAUAAAGCCUGAUGAACUGGUGUUCAGAGGAGAGACUGUCACGCUCAGAUGUGACAUACAGGGAGGAGGAGACACUGAGUGGAGCUACAGCUGGAAAAAGAAUGAUUAUACUUACUACUCACUCAGCACAACACAGGAGAAUGUAAUCAACAAUGUUAGAGAGUCUUACAGUGGUAAAUACACCUGUAGAGGAGAGAGGAGGAGUGACUCUCAGAGAUCAGAGAUCAGUGAUGCUGUUACACUGACUGUAUCAGACAGAGCUCAGGCAGUGCUGAGAGUGUCUCCACAGAGCUGGCUGACUGAAGGAGACUCAGUGACUCUAAGUUGUGAGGUCAGAGGCUCCUCUACAGGCUGGACAUUCAGCUGGUACAGAGAUAAAGAUGAGCUCCUCUCAGACAGCAGCAGAGGAGCUGGAGGUUCCUACACACUCAGCUCUGCUGCUCUUAAUCACACAGGAGUUUAUGUGUGCAGAGCAACGAGAGGAAAACCAGCCUAUCACUCACAGUACAGUGAUACACAGCCACUAUGGAUCACUGGUGUUUCUCGUUCAGUCUCUCUGAGGGUCAGUCCCAGCAGAAUUCAACACUUUAUUACUGACUCUCUCUCACUGAGCUGUGAAGGAAAGGGUGACUCUACUGGAUGGAGAGUGAGACGAUACACACACAGUGAGAAGGUGUCAGAUUGUUCAUCAGGCUGGGGAUCAGUUACAGGAUCUACAUGCAACAUCAGCUCCCUCUACAUAUUCGACACUGGAGUGUACUGGUGUGAAUCUGAAUCUGGAGAGAGCAGCAAUCCUGUCAACAUCACAGUGCACAAUGGUUCUGUAAUUCUGGACAGUCCUGUUCAUCCUGUGACUGAGGGAGAUCCUCUGACUCUGCGCUGUUUAUAUCGUGACCCAAAGCCCUCAAACCUCACAGCUGAGUUCUAUAAAGAUGGAUCACUCCUCCAGACUCAGACUACAGGAGAGAUGACCAUCCGUACUGUCUCAAAGUCAGAUGAAGGUCUCUACCACUGUAAACACCCAGAGAAAAGAGAGUCACCACAGAGCUGGAUCUCAGUCAGAGUGUCUAUACGCUCACCUGCUGAAUCUGCUGUUGGUCUCGUUGGAGUGGUUGUAGGAGUGAGUUUUGCUGUGUUGUUCAUCAUCUUACUGAUACCGUUGUGGUGCUACAAAACCAAAAAAGCACAUAAGCAGAACACCAACCAGGCAUCAAAUCAAAACCAGAGAGAGUCAGGAGUUGAGGACUCUCAGUCUGGAUACACACCAAUACAGGCUGGAGAGGUACAUGUUUAUGAGACUGUUGAAAGAGCAAGGAAGAGCGAAAAAAGUAAAGCUGCAGGCGAGAGCAGUGAUGUUAUUUACUCACAGGUCAUGACAAAAAACAAGAAAUCCAAGAACAAAGGGAAAGAUAUUCCAGCAGAGGCUUCAGAGACUGAAACCCUUUACUCUGAAGUUCAGUCAAGAAAAGCCACAGAUGCUGACUUUGGAUCCAUGGAAGUGACUUAUGCUGAAAUUGAACUGAAAACCAAGAGGAAACCAAAGAGAAAACAAAAGCAGACUAGUGUUGAUGCUGACACUGUGUACUCAGAGCUGAAGCAGAACACAGACAAAGGUAAGAUGAAUAGUACAGAAUGAGAAAGGUUAUAUUUAAAUUUCUGACAAACUUUAUUCUAAUCAUCUAAGACACGUUGUUAAAUCACUGUAUUAUAGAACCAUUAGUGUGCAUUCUACACCUUA